GAUGCAUUUAUACACACAAUUACCCUACAAAGGAAACAUUACACCACCAGCCCUCUCUAAUUUUCAUUGAGAGAGAGAGAGAGAGAGAGAUGGCAUCAUCACGAGACUCCCCUCCAAACCUGUCUUUUGCAAUAAGAGGAACAACCACCACCCAAAACAAGUUCUUAAGAAGCAUUUCCACCAAAGAAGCCUCCUUCUCAAACUUCCCCUACACCCCACCUCACCUAAGCGGCCCGGCAGUACUCUCCGAGAGCCUCCAUACUUCACCACUUUCCUCCCCUCUCCACUCUUCUCACACGCCCACCAAGCUCCCCGACGUCCCCUCCUCCGCUUACCGUUGCGUCUCUUCGGUCCUCAAAAAGGACGGCCAGAUCUUGUCCAUUGCCGUGUCCAACGGCUUCGCCUACACUGGCUCCGAUACCAACAUGGUAAGGAUUUGGAGACUCCCGGAGUUCACCGAGUGUGGGCAGCUCAAGACCAAGGCUUGCAUGGUGGUUGCGCUACAGGUCUCCAAUGAAAGAGUUUAUGCAGCCUAUGGUGAUGCCAAGAUUCGUGUGUGGCGCAGAACAUGGGAUGGCGCCUGGAAGCACAUCCGAUUGGCCACCAUCCCCACCACCGGAAGUUUUGUCCGGAGCUACAUUGCUGGGAAAGAUAAAAUGAUGAAGCAUACAGGACCCAUAACAUCCCUAGCUGUCAAUGUAUCAGACGACGUAAUGUAUUCGGCUUCCCUGGAUAAAACAGUGAAACUAUGGCGAAUUUCAGACCUCAAAUGCAUUGGAACGAUCAACGCCCAUCCGGAGCCAAUCAAUGCCAUCAUUGUGGCCGACGAUAGGGUACUCUUCACUGCGUCCGAUGACGCCACUGUGAAGGUGUGGCGCCACAACUUUCACGGAGGGGACCAGCAGCCGCAUUCACUCACCGUGACCCUCCCAGCCAGGUGCUCGCCAGUAAAAACUCUAGCCCUAACCCAAGACGGCGGGUUCUUGUACGGCGGGUGCACAGAUGGUUACAUACACUAUUGGGUCAAGGGCUGGUUCUCAGGGCAAUACCAAUACGGUGGUGCGCUCCAGGGUCACACCCACGCGGUAAUGUGCCUAGCCACUGUGGGUGACUAUGUUGUUAGUGGAUCAGCUGACUUAACCAGUAGGGUUUGGGUUAGAGCACAAGAUGGGCACCACACGUGUCUUGCAAUCUUGGUGGGUCACAGAGGGCCGAUUAGGUGUGUCACUGCAUUUCAAGAAGUCGACACUGAGGAUGCCUGCACAAUUUGUACCGGAAGUCUUGAUGGUGUCCUUAAGGUGUGGCACGUGACGUGCAACAACAAAUCAAGCCACUCUUCCCCUCAAAAUGAGUAUUUUGAGCUCAAAAAAUGAUUUUUGCAUAUCGCUUGUAUAUUUUUUUGUACAUAAUUAUUUUUUUUUAAAUUAAUUAUUGGAUUUGUAGGACCCACAAGGAUUCACACGUAAGUCCUACAGAUCUAAUGGUGGUGUGCAAAAGAUGUACACGUGAUGUGCAUGUAACAUGUCUCCGUCUGUAUUAAUUACUGACCAAUUGAGUUGAUCAACUAAUUAGUUUUAUAUAUA